GGCCUGAAAGUGUUUUCUCUUCGGAGAAUCGGCAAAGGGCGAUGGAAGAAGAGCUGGUUCGAGAGGAGGAAUUUGCGAAUCAACUUCGCGAGUUUCUUGAUGAUCAUGGUGAUCAUGGUCGAUGGGUGGUGGCCCAAGCUCUUGGUACGAAGAUCUCGAGCUCUUUUACGAAUUCGAAUAGCCUUUCAAUCUUAAAAGGGAAUCAUCAGGGGGAGCUAGUUCCUCAUAUUAUUCGAGCCAACACUACUUUUGCUGCGCCUACUAUUGUGAAUUCAUCGUCUUGGAAUGCACAGGAGGGACGACAUAGGGCUAUUAUGAGUACCGAAACGUCCAAGGACCGUAGAGGUUGUUAUAAGAGAAGAAAGACUCCAUAUUCAUGGACCGGAAACACUCCAGAUUUGGUUAACGAUGGUCAUGCAUGGAGAAAGAAUGGACAGAAACAGAUCCUCAAUGCCACCCACCCAAGGAACUACUUUAGGUGCAGCCAUAAGUACGACCAAGGCUGCAGAGCAACCAAGCAGGUGCAGAAAGUUGAAGAUUAUCCCUCUCUGUUUCGGACUGCAUAUUUUGGAAAUCACACAUGCACUUAUCACUUCCUCAAAGCUCCUGAGCUCCUCCUGCAGGAUGGUCUAAGUAGUACCCCUAGUCCUACAGAAGACUGUAAUUCAAAGUUUACUAUUACAUUUGGCAACACAAACUACAGCCUCGCAAACCAACAAGAAGACCCUUUUUUCUCAUCCAACAUAUCAACCAGAGAGGAGAUGAUCAACUCUAAUCAAAUAGCCACCAACCAAUCAUCAAUAUUUGAUGAUCUCGUGUCACUUGAUCAACUGCCGGUGCUUGAUUCAUCUGGGGUCAUCAGCAGGUUGCCAUCAAUAUUGUCUGAGCUUGAUCACGAGGAUACGACGUACAGGACAGUGACGGGUUAUGUGUAUCAUGAUAUCUUCCCAUAUGAAAUUUGAUUACGACAUAAUUGGCUUUUGUAAUUUAUUUAUUACGCAAAUCGUAUGUUUCAGUUACUUCCAUGCCAUAAGGACACUAGUAUCGUUUGUGGAUGAUGGAAUUUUUAGUGCAAUGCUAGACGUGUCAGCUUAAUGUAGCUCAAUAAUCCAGCAAUA